UUUUUUUUACCAAUCUUUGGAAUGCUUAAGUAUUUCUUUCUCUACCAUUUUGGAUAUGUAAUUCUUGUAAUGGAGGUCAUUUUCCUAUGGAUAAGGGGUAGUAAAGGUGAUGAAUUUCAUUCGUAAGAAAGAAUAAUGUGGAUUUGAAGUAGGGAAUGAGGAGCCUCUUCAAUCCUCAUCUUUACAGUUCAGGUGUAUGUGAAAAGUACACAGUAUGAUGCUUUUUCUUCUUCUUAGAGCUUUCUCUUCUCAUUUAUCACUUGGGGGCUGUGGCUUUGCCCAGCUUCCUUUUGGGUUCUUCUUGUCCCCUCUCCCUCAAGAAAUUAGAUUCUCACUUGUAUACUGUACGAAAUGAUUUUUACAGCACUAAUAAAUAUCAACUCCACAUGUCCUUUUUCUUCAAAGUCCUCCUUUGAAGUCUUUGAAAAAGUAGUGUUCCAGUGCUGCUGCCACAUUUUCUCAAUUUUAAACCUGAAACAGUUGGUGGGGUUUCUCCAAUUCAAAGGCUGAAGUGUCAAAUUCAUUGGGUUCCUUUGUUUUUUUCUUUUUAUACCUGAGGUUUAUCCUCCAAUUCAGUUCUGGGGUACCUUGCCAUAAGAAUGUAUUAUAAACCCAGUUGGAUUCAGGGCCCUGAAUCUUUCUUGUGAACAAUUUGGGCGUUGGUUCAUAUAGCUCAACCAUGAGGCAUGUUGUGGCUCUGCCCCUAGCUUUAUGGGUAUGGGUUAUUUUUCAUGGUUCUGUGCUCUGCCAGAGACCUGCAGUUGUGAAUAUUGGUGCAGUUUUCACCUUUGAUUCAGUUAUCGGCAGACCGGCGAAAGUGGCUAUGAAAGUUGCAGUUUCUGAUGUUAAUUCAGAUCCAAGAAUUCUCAAUGGAACUGAACUGAACCUAAUCAUGGGGGAUGCAAAGUGUAGUGUGUUCAUGGGCUGUAUUGCUGCAUUUCAGGUACUUGAGAGACGAGUACUGGCUAUAAUUGGGCCACAGUCCUCCUCAAUAGCUCAUAUGAUUUCUCAGAUUGCUAACAGUCUCCAAGUGCCUCAAAUCUCAUAUGCUGCCACUGAUCCGACUCUCUCUGCCCUCCAAUUUCCUUUCUUUCUUCGUACCACACAUAGUGACUCGUAUCAAAUGGCUGCAAUGGCUGAUUUGAUUGACUAUUAUGGGUGGAAGGAAGUUAUUGUAAUUUUUGUGGAUGAUGAUUAUGGGAGGAAUGGUAUGGCUGCUUUAGACGAUGAGCUUGAGAAAAGAGGGUCAAAGAUUUCUUACAAGUUGCCUUUGCCUACAGAAUUCAAUGUCAGGGACUUCACUGAAAUGCUCAAUAAGUCCAAAUUGAUUGGACCUCGAGUUUAUGUUGUUCACGUUAACCCUGAUCCCAGUUUUAGAAUCUUUUCCAUAGCUCAAAAACUUCAAAUGAUGACCCGUGGCUAUGUUUGGUUGGCAACAGAUUGGCUUUGUGCUACUUUAGAUUCAUUCUCACCAAUGAAUCAAACUUCACUCCGUUUCCUCCAAGGGGUAGUUGGACUUCGUCAACAUAUUCCACAAUCCAGGAAGAAGGAUGCUUUUGUGUCCCAGUGGAGAAAAAUGCAGAAAAAAGGGUUAGUAAGUUCUGGAUUGAAUACGUAUGGACUUUAUGCUUAUGACACUGUGUGGGCGGUUGCAUAUGCAAUUGAUAAGUUUUUAAAGGAAAAUGGCAAUAUAUCAUUUUCUGCAAGUGAUAAGUUACAUGAUAUGAGAGCAACUCAGUUUGGGAAGCUAGAAGUUUUUGAUAAUGGAAAUUUUUUGCGUGAACAAUUACUGCAGAUAAAUUUCACUGGUUUAACAGGUCGGAUUCAAUUUGAUCCAGAAAGGAAUGUCAUAAAUGGUAGUUAUGAUGUCAUUAAUAUUGUCCACACAGAAAUUCGUGGGGUUGGUUAUUGGUCUAAUUAUUCAGGUCUCUCAGUGCUACCCUCAGAAGAUCUCAAAGGUGAACAAAAUAGAAAUUCCCUUCUAGAUCAGAAGCUUCGCAUUGUUACCUGGCCUGGUGGAAUCACAGAAAAACCACGUGGUUGGGAGAUUGCUGCCAAUGAAAGACCGUUGAGACUCGGGAUUCCAAAAAGAGCCAGUUUUGUUGAUUUUGUAACAGAAUCGAACACCAGUCACAAAGUCCAAGGAUACUGUAUUGAUGUGUUUAAUGCAGCACUGAAGCUAGUCCCAUAUAAUGUUCCACACACAUUCAUACCAUUUGGGGAUGGUCGGUCCAAUCCUCAUUAUGAUGAGCUUGUGCAAAAGGUUGCCGAUGAUGUGUUUGAUGGAGUUGUCGGGGACGUUGCAAUUGUUACAAAUCGGACAAGGAUUGUGGACUUCACUCAGCCUUACGCUGCGACUGGUCUUGUCAUAGUGGCUCCUGUCCAUAACACAAAAUUAAGUGCAUGGGUCUUUCUUAAACCAUUUACAGUUGAGAUGUGGUGUGUCACUGCAGCUGCUUUUGUGAUGAUUGCUGUGGUAAUUUGGAUUCUUGAGCAUCGUGUCAAUGACGAUUUUAGGGGUCCUCCUAAGAGGCAGCUCAUCACAAUGUUCCUGUUCAGCUUUUCAACACUAUUCAAGACAAACCAAGAAGAUACCAGAAGCACAUUAGGACGGAUAGUGAUGGUGGUAUGGCUUUUCUUAUUGAUGGUAAUCACAUCGAGUUAUACGGCUAGCUUGACUUCAAUCCUUACGGUCCAGCAACUUUCAUCACCCAUCACAGGAAUUGACAGCUUGAUUGCAAGUGACUUGCCUAUUGGUUAUCAAGUAGGGUCAUUUGCCUUCAGCUAUCUGAGGGACAGUCUUUACGUACACCAAUCAAGACUUGUUUCUCUAGGCUCCCCAGAAGCAUAUGAAAUGGCAUUGCGAAAAGGGCCAAAAGGUGGAGGGGUGGCUGCUAUCGUAGAUGAGCUUCCAUAUGUGGAGCUGUUUCUAGAAAAGCAGAAGGAUUUUGGGGUUUUUGGGCAAACAUUCACCAAGAGCGGCUGGGGAUUUGCUUUUCAAAAAGACUCUCCACUUGCCGCUGACCUAUCAACUGCAAUCCUGAGACUUUCUGAGACUGGAACACUUCAGAAGAUCCAUGAGAAUUGGUUUUGUAAGAUGGGUUGUCCUGGAUGGAGGAGACGGAAGUCUGAACCUAACCAACUCCAUAUGAUCAGCUUCUGGGGUCUAUAUCUUUUAUGUGGUUCUAUUACACUUAUUGCACUCCUAGUGUUUCUGCUACGAACCAUUCGCCAGUUUGCCCGGUACAAAAGGAAGAAGCCAAUACAGAUAGGCGAUUCUCCCUCGGUGUCAUCAAAUACCCGCUGUUCCCAGGUCAUUUACAACUUCUUUGACUUCAUAGAUGAGAAGGAAGAAGCCAUCAAGAAAAUGUUCAAGCAGCAAGAGAAUCCCCAGCCUCAGGUGAGCUAAUCAAUGAUAUAAUUACUAGUACAAUUUGAAUAUUCCAGUGUUAAGAGACUAAUCAAGUAUAUAGAUGAUCUUUUAUUACUUCUCAACUGGUAUUCAAAAAGUAUGUACAUCCAUAUUUGCCUACCUAAGUUGUAAUAUAGUAAUCUUUCCUUGCUUA